UUCACCGCAGACAAACAAACAAACAGAUUUCAAGAUGGCGGCGGACAGUGAUCCGGAGUCGGAAGUGUUUGAAAUCACGGACUUUACGACGGCGUCGGAGUGGGAGAGAUUUGUGUCAAAAAUUGAAGAAGUACUGAACAAUUGGAAACUGAUUGGAAGCACUGCAAAAAAACCUUUGGAAAAGGGUGAAUUAACUUCUGGCGUGUGGGAGGAGAAGUCCGAUGAGAUUUCUUUUGCAGACUAUAAAUUCAGUAUAACACAUCAUUAUCUCAAACAAGAAUCUUUAACUGAUAAAGAAAUAAAAGAAGAGUCUGAAGAAGAUGCUCUUCCUGAAGCUAUGCAGGAUUUACUGUCCAUGAACAAUGAUUUUCCACCCAGAGCUCAUUGUCUCGUUAGAUGGUAUGGUUUACGGGAGUUUGUGGUAAUUUCUCCAGCAGCAAGUAGUGAUGCGGUCAUCAGUGAAUCAAAGUGCAACAUUCUGCUCAGCUCCAUCUCUAUUGCAUUGGGAAACACUGGUUGUCAGGUGACCUUAUUUGUGCAAAUUCAACAAAAGACAAGAAGGAUGUACGUGGGUGCAUGUGAAGGCCCUGGUGUUCGGACAGAUUUUGAAAUGGUUCAUCUUCGGAAAGUGCCAAACCAAUAUAAUCAUCUGUCUGGUCUACUGGACAUUUUUAAAUCGAAGAUUGGGUGCCCUUUGACACCUUUGCCCCCAAUAAAUGUAGCUAUUCGGUUUACAUACGUCCUUCAAGACUGGCAACAGUACUCCUGGCCCCAGCAACCUCCAGAUUUUGAUGCAUUGGUUGGAGGAGAAGUGGGUGGUCUAGAAUUUGGAAAAUUACCAUUUGGAGCAUGUGAAGACCCUAUUAGUGAAUUACAUUUAGCCACCACUUGGCCUCAUCUCACAGAAGGCAUUAUUGUUGACAAUGAUGUAUACUCGGACCUUGAUGCUCUACAAGCACCCCAGUGGUCUGUCAGAGUGAGGAAAGCAGAUAACCCCCAGUGCUUGUUGGGAGAUUUUCUUACCGAGUUCUUUAAACUUUGUCGCCGGAAAGAAUCGACUGAUGAGCUCCUUGGAAGGUCAGCUUUUGAAGAUGAAAGCAAAGUAGAGAAUGCAGAUAUCAGCCAAGCACUGCAGAAGCUCACAGAACCAACAGCUGUUCACAUGCCUAGACUAUCCACGAUGUCAAAUAUGGUUCACAGCGCUCGCAAGAGGAUGCAUAAACAUAGACGUGUGGAAGAAUCACCGAUUAGCAAUGAAGUUCUAAACUCCAUUUUAUUAUUUCUGUUCCCAGAUGCUGCUGCUGCUGAUGCAUUUAAUGCCAAGCGUAGUACCUCAAGAGGAAGCAAUAUCGCGACUUUCGAAGAAGAGGGUUAUAGCCUUUACAGUCAAUUUAAAUCUGCUCCCUCAGACAGUCUAACAUACAAACUGGCUUUGUGCCUCUGUAUGGUUAACUUUUAUCAUGGCGGAAUGAGGGGUGUGGCCCAUUUAUGGCAGGAAUUUGUGUUGGAAAUGCGGUACAGAUUGGAAAAUAAUUAUCUUGUACCAGGGUUAGCUACUGGACCUCCAGAUUUAAAAUGCUGCCUGUUACAUCAAAAACUGCAGAUGCUGAAUUGUUGCAUUGAGAGGAAAAAAGCAAGAGAUGAUGGAAGGGAACAAGCAGCUGAAAAUGCACUGGGUGGCUCAAUGGAGCGGAAGGCGUCAAAUAGUAAAGGGACACCAGAGUGUUCUGAUAACAAAGGGGAACCAUCUCAGCAGAAAUCAUGGGACUCAUGGAGUGACAGCGAGGAUGAAUUUUUCGAAUGUCUGAGUGACACAGAAGAAUUGAAAGAUAGCGAAGUGAAAGAAGGAACAACGAAAGGAGAGGUGAAAGAUGGAGGAAAGAAAGAGAGCCAAAAGUGGAGACCAGAGGCACGUCUGCAUCAGCAUGGUAAACUGACUCUGCUUCGCACAGGAGAUCCACUUUAUAUUCCAGUUACACAGGAGCCAGCACCAAUGACAGAAGAUUUAUUAGAAGAACAAUCGGAGGUAUUAGCUAAAUUGGGGACAUCAGCUGAAGGAGCACAUCUACGUGCUAGAAUGCAGAGUGCCUGUUUGCUGUCAGACAUGGAAUCCUUUAAGGCUGCGAACCCUGGCUGUUGUCUGGAAGAUUUUGUAAGGUGGUACUCUCCUCGUGACUAUAUUGAGGAAGAGUUCACGGAUGAAGCAGGUGACAAGGUUCUCAGAAGAGAGUUAAGUGCCAGAAUGAAAAUCCCUGGCAACAUGUGGGUGGAGGCUUGGGAAACGGCAAAGCCAAUUCCUGCUCGACGACAAAGACGUCUCUUUGAUGACACAAGGGAGGCUGAGAAGGUUCUUCACUAUUUGGUUGGCUUAAAACCUGCAGAUUUGACUAGGCAUUUACUACCAUGCAUUUUGCAUGCUGCAUUGCUGAAGGUGAAAGAAGAAGAAUCUAUGGAAGAUAUUCCCUCUGUAAGAAAAAUAAUUCAGCACAUCAUUACUCAUGCUAGCAAACUUUUAAGAUAUUCAAACCCUGACAUCAAAAAAUUGGAAGAAAUAAUUAGUCAGAUAAUAGCUUCAGAAGCCAUUAUUGCAAGAUCUCGAUCACUUCAAGCCAAAUUUGGAAUUAAGAAAUGUGAAAAGGAAGAGGAACGUGAAGAAUUAGAAAGGUUUGUGAGCUAUCUUUUAGAGCAGCCAGAAGUACCAGUCAUUGGAGCAGGACGAGGGCCUACGGGGAGCAUUAUUUACAAACUGUUUGUGAAUGCACAGAGGCUGGCUGAAUCUACUGAAGAGGCUACUACUCUGACUCCAAUUGAAGAUGAACCUGGAAAGCUAGGUUCUUCUGAUGAGCACAGGUCAAGCUCAGGAGCACUCUCGGAAUUUCCUCCUCCAACUGGACGUGAAAUAAUUCUUCGGACAACUGUGCCACGUCCUGCACCGUACUCCAAAUCUUUACCACAACGCAUGUACUGUGUUAUGCUAAAAGAUGAAUUUCGUCUAGCUGGAGCAUUUUCAUCAGAUACAUCGUUCUUCUAAGAUUGGCUGAAUUGAUAAUUUAACUCAUUUAAUUAGUUUAUAUGGUUAUAUCUAAUGUCAUUCCUACAUUUUGUCAUAUUUGAGUUACACUUAAUAAAGGAAUAUGUUUAAGCUGUAGCUGUUAAAUAUAUCUGUGGCCCAAUCUGAAAUGCUACAAAAAUGUUUUUGCAUAACAAGUAUAAUGCAUGCAAUGUAGAAAACUGGCACUGAUUCAGGCAGUAUAUUCCAUGAUUGCUAAUGUCGGGCAUAAGUGCAGUUGGUGGUUUGAAUUUCAAUUUCAGCAUUAAUGUUGAAAUAAGUGAAAAUAGCAUAGUUAUGACUGUCCAAAUGUAAAAUAUUAUGACUACUGUAAAAUGAUACUAGUUAGUGCAUAGUGAAUUUUUGAUAUGGUCAUUACUUCAGUUGCUACCUUGCUGAAUAUAGGGCAGUACUUGAUUUAUAUAAUUGUUAUUACAGCCCUGGAAGGAUUUUGGAAUGGUCUCAAAAAAUUUUUUGCCUGUACCAUGUACUCCACUUCAUAAAGACUUUUCUGGUUGUGGA